AUGAUCGCCAAAUUCGUUGUUGUCCUCGCCCUCGCCGUGGCAGUUAACGCUGGAGUGUUGCCACUUGCCGCACCUGCCGCUGUCGUCGCGCCAGCAGCGUACGCUGUGGCUCCAUACGCGAGCUCGUACUCAGCGCAUGCUGUGAACCACGCUGUGGCCACUCCAGUGGUUGCGCCCGCGCAGUACGUCGCAGCCGCCCCCUACGUCGCCGCCUCCCCUUACGUCGCGGCCCCCGUCCCUUACGCCAAAUACCUCUCAGCGCCCUACCUACUG